AUACCCUUGUGAAAAUUUGUGCAAACAUAUGUCUUCGUAUACUCAUCCAGAUGUAGAUCUGCUCAUGUGUAUAGAUAUGUUUCUAGAUCCAUGUAUUUAUAUAUAUAUAUAUAUAUAUAUAUAUAUAUAUGCAAGGGUAUAUGGAUAUGUAUGCGUUGCACGUAGAUGUGCGUACACGUACAAGUAUGCAUAUAUAUAUAUAUAUAUAUAUAUAUAUAUAUAUAUACAUAUAUAUAUAUAUAUGUAUUUGUUUUUAUUUAUACAACAGUUAUAAGUGUAUGUCCCUGCAGGGGCGUUUUUGUAGGAUACGUCGCGCGUUCAGAUGUUGAUUUGGUUUCGGUUGAGACUUCUUUUCCUCAUUUUUAAAAAUUUUUUCUGCGAAAACAAGGCUAACUGCUUUGAGAGGCGAGUCGUCGUCGUGCGGCAAGGGGUUCCUGGUGACGAAGGAAAUGCAGCGUAUGUCUGGAUUUUUCGUUUCUUCGUCUCGUCCCGAUUCGCUGUUUUCUCUGAAGGAGAUUUACUUUCAGAGAUGCAGUUCAAUUCCUUCAAAAAGCAAAACCGCAAGCCCAGCCUCUGUGCUGUGUCGAAGGAACAAACGCAGCGAACUCCGAAUGAGUGUUUUCUUCUUCCCCUCUGUCCAGACGCUCAGUUGCUUCUCCAAUUUCUUUUCACUGAGAGAUGCUGCUUUUCUCUCUCGCGCCAGAGCAGGCCCUCCGCCGCCAUCUCUCCCCUGUCGCUCUCUUUCGAGUCUGCGGUCUUCGUGUCUUUCCUUCGUCAUCUCUCUUGCCUUUCUUGCUGUCUCUCUUCUCUCUUGUCCUCGCCCUCCGCGCCCGCUGGAAGACAGCCUGAACAUGCACUUUUGUCGGUUUCAGCUUUCCUCGUUCCCUCUCAGUUUCCUCUUUCCAAGAUGCUCGUUUCUGCGGCCUUCGACUUGCCUCUCUGACGUUUCCUGGCUCUGUUUUCUUUCUAAAACCUUCACGAUUUUUCCUCUAGCCUUCUCGAACUCUACUAAGUUCAGACGGACUCCAUAGCCCAUGUUUCUCU